AUGACUUCGCCGAGCCCCUACGCUGAGGUGCACCGAGAUCCUCAGGGAGCUGGAGACGCUCGACCUACUGCCCUACAGAUAAUCAAGGACGAGGGCCUUAAGGGCAAGCUUAUUGGGAAGGUCAUUGUCAUUGCUGGAGCUACAUCGGGCAUUGGUGUCGAGACGGCCCGCGCCUUGUCAGCUACUGGUGCUACCCUAUUCCUUCCAGCUCGCAACCUGGCAAAGGCAAAUAAGAGCUUGGCCGGAAUUCUGGCCCCAGGAAAAUUUUCCUUGAUCCCCCUGGACCUCGACUCAUUCAGAAGUAUUCGAGCCGGAGCGGAUCAGAUUCUCUCUGCCUCGAAUGGCCAGGUCAACCUCUUAAUCAACAGUGCCGGCGUUAUGGGUGUACCCGAAUGCAAUCUUACAGAAGAUGGCAUUGAGUCCCAGUUCUCUGGUAACUAUCUGGGCUUCUUCCUCCUCUUUCAACUGUUGAAGGAAAGCUUGCUCGCAAGUGUCACUCCGGAUUUCAGUUCACGAGUCGUCAUAGUCGCUUCAUCCGCUCACAGAGCUGGUAAACUCCCAGCAAGCGACAAUUACAACUUCGAGAAGACAGCCUACAGCCAUGAGACUGCGUACAACAAUUCUAAGCUUGCAGCGGUAUACCUUGCCAACAAGAUCGAGCGUCUCUAUGGAAGCCAGGGACUCCAUGCCACCAGUCUUCACCCAGGAGCCAUCAACACUAAUAUCUCCCGUCAUUUAUCCCAUGAGGCUUUUGAAGCAAUCAUAACCAAUCCAUAUGUCCUAAAGAUUCUAAAAUCCCCGGCACAGGGUGCGGCUACAACUGUCUGGGCUGCUAUUGGCAAAGAAUGGGAGAAAAAAGGCGGCAAGUAUCUUGAAGAUGUGAAGGAAGCUGAUCGUGGCGAGGACGAUGGUCAGACCUUUGGAGCUGGGUGGGUUGAGCAGACCUAUGACCCCAAAAAGGAAGACUGUCUGUGGAUUGACUCCCUGAAGCUUGCUAGAUUGGAGGGUUAA